GCCAAAGGUCGAGUUUGUAGACAUUUCAGUCAAUUAACAGAACGGAAUAAAAUAGCGGACAAGAUGGAGCCGAAUGAAACUUCAAUCUCGCGAUGUUCCACCAUUACAACGUACUUUCUUCAUUUUUCGCGCAACUUCUCCUACGACCGCUAUUUACUCUCGGUUUUCGCCGUCAACUGCUUCAUCUGUCUAAUAGCAUCCUUUAGUAAUUUCGUUAUAAUUCUCACGAUACUGAAAACCAAAUCACUACAAACAGCUCCUAAUAUUCUUCUUCUUGGCUUGGCGGUGUCCGACUUCUUCGUGGGGAUAAUAACCAUACCAUUUUUCCUUAUCUAUAAGUUUUCAGAGUACAAUCGCGAUGUGUCAUCGUAUUGUUUCAGUGGCAUUGUUUACGUUUACAGUGCAGCAAUUCUGGCCACAAUUUCUUUUUUGAACCUAACAGCAGUCACUGCAGACCGGUUCUUUGCUAUUCAACUUCAUCUGCGCUACAAGCAGCUUAUCACUUCCAAGUUGUACACCAAACUCCUGCUAUUGAUAUGGUUUACUUGUAUUACCGGAGUAGUCAUGAGAAUGUAUCUUGCAAACAAUUUUUACUAUCUCUUAGUUGCAUGUGUGAUAUUUGUGAUGAUGCUGGUACUCAACGCAGUGUUUAUUUUCAAGGUAGCGAAAACUAUUCGUAGACAUAAAACUCAAAUUCGAACUCAUGCUACACCGGGAACAUUAAACAUGCCAAAAUACAGGAAAACGGUUAGUACCAUGUACUAUAUCAUAGGAGCGUUUGUGGUGUGUUAUUUUACCUUUGCAAGUGCACUCAUACUGGUGACUUGCGAUCGGAGCUUCAGCUUCAGAAAUCGCGCCCUGUUUACAGUCGGGGAAACAUUUUUGUUGUCGAAUAGCGCUUUGAAUCCAGUUAUCUAUUGCUGGAGAAUUAAAGAAAUACGAACUACUUCGCUAAAACUGUUAAAAAAUAUUGUCAAAAAGAGAGAAAUGAUAGAAUAACAUAUAURGCAACUCCGAUCCUGAAGAUGAAAGAGAAAAAAGACAAAAAAGGAUUCAUUUAUACACGAAGAUCAAGGGAGGAAUAUAAUUAUCUAUAAAAUACCUAUAUUUCUCCAUUUCGUAAAAUUGAUAUUUUCACUUGUGAAAAUAGGAUUGAAAUAAAGAAAGUGAAGAUGGAAGUGGGGCUUGUUUCCUAUUGUUGAAUUCAAUAAGGAAGUACGAACCACUUCAUUAAAACUGACAAAAAGAAAGAAAUGACAAGAUAAAUGACAUGGAAACUGCGACAGCUAAAGAAAAUGAAGGGAAAAAGGGAAGGAAAACUGAAGGAAGGUGGAAAAUAAAGGGAGUAAAAGGAUCGAUUCACAA